GACUUUCUUUACAAAAUAUUUUUUUCAUGCAAAGUUGCAGGAAAGAUCUCCCUCUGACUGCUGAACUUGUUUCCAUGGAAACGACACCAUAACGCUGUGGCUAACUCACUCAGCCCAAACUGUUAAACGGAGAGCAGGAUGUCGGAGGGAGAGGAGGCCGGGGCGCUGUCGGAGGGAGAGGAGGCCGGGGCACUGUCGGAGGGAGAGGAGGCCACGGCGCUGUCGGAGGGAGAGGAGGUCGCGGCGCUGUCGGAGGGAGAGGAGGUCGCCAAUGAGGAUGGACAGGAGGAAAAUAUGUCCGAAAAAGAGGACCAGAUCGAACCAUGUCCUCUGACCAAGGAGAUUCUGAUCCCCGGUUUGUCUCUUUUGUGUCGCACCGGGAACGGCCUGGCACACGCCUUCGUUAAGCUCCAACUGGAAAACAGACGUCUGACAGACAUGGCCCUGGUCAGCUCGUUUGUCCACCUGCGUUUCCUGGACGUGUCAUCCAACCACCUCUCUGACCUUUCACCCCUGGCUGCCCUCACACAGCUGCUGUGGCUGAAGGGCGAUGGUAACAUGGUGGCCGGGUUCAGAGGUCAGCCCCUGGGUCAGCUGACAUACCUACAGUGGCUGAGUCUGGCCCUGAACCGCAUCAAAGACCUGGAAGGCCUAGAAGGCCUCGGCCUAGAGAGCCUCAACCUCAUUGGUAACGGUAUCCAGAGGGUGUCGGGGCUACGGUACCAUCACCUGACCAACCUGGUGACUCUGGAACUGAGAGGAAACAAACUGGAGACCACCGACGGGAUAUACCUACCCAACCUCCGACGCCUCUACCUGGCCCAGAAUACUAUCAAGCGCCUGGAGGGUCUGGGUAAGCUGGAGCGUCUGACCACCCUGCACCUCCGAGACAACCAACUGGAGACUCUAGAUGGCAUCAGUCCCAACAUGAAGGCCCUGCAGUACCUCAACAUCAGGGGUAACCUGGUGUCUGCCCAGCGUGCCUUGCGUAGUCUGGUGGGCGUAUCCAGGACAUUGCGAGCGCUGGUCCUAGCGGAAAACCCUCUCGUGGAGACGGAGGACUACCGUCUGUGUGUCCUGAGCCGCCUGCCGUUGCUGGAGCGCCUCGACAAGGAACCCAUCUCUCCUGAGGAGAAGUCUGAGGCCCAGGAGAAACUCAGGGAGUUUAAUGAUGAGGUGUCUGUUGGGGCAGAGGAAUACUAACUCACCAUCACUCAGUGACUCCUCUCCCAGGCACUCCUCUCCCAGUGACUCCUCUCCCAGUCACUCCUCUCCCAGUCACUCUUCUCCCAGUCACUCCUCUCCCAGUCACUCUUCUCCCAGUCACUCCUCUCCCAGUCACUCUUCUCCCAGUCACUCCUCUCCCAGUCACUCUUCUCCCAGUCACUCCUCUCCCAGUCACUCCUCUCCCAGUCACUCCUCUCCCAGUCACUCCUCUCCCAGUCACUCUUCUCCCAGUCACUCUUCUCCCAGUCACUCUUCUCCCAGUCACUCUUCUCCCAGUCACUCUUCUCCCAGUCACUCUUCUCCCAGUUACUCUUCUCCCAGUCACUCUUCUCCCAGUCACUCCUCUCCCAGUCACUCCUCUCCCAGUCACUCCUCUCCCAGUCACUCCACCAGUCCACAUCCAAGAGCUACAUAGAUCCUUGUGUGUGUGAACAAGUUUGUACUAGCUAGUUAAAUGUAUUCCUGGUAUAUUAACCAAUGAAGAUUGUGUUUAUAGACAACUAGAGACGCUCUAUUUUCAAAACAAUAAACAUUUAUUGAUUG